UGCGUUUUAUGCAACUACGCGAUUUCUGCGAUUCGUAGUCUUCAGUGAUCAAUGGUCCAGUGAGUCGCACGGGCGGCUUUUCAACCAGAAAAUACAACGCGAUUCGAGACAAUGUUACACCUGAGAUUUGUUUUUGUGGCCAUUUUACCUUUGGUGCUGCUGUUUUUGCUUCAGGUCAGCCAACCCACCGAUGGCUUCAUCCUCCGACUGAUAACCGAAACCCUUCAAAACAAUGUGGCUGGUGAACCAAUCCUGCACGAGAGAACUCAAUGGGACUUUGAUCCGGAAGCGGCCAAACGGGCGAGGUCCUUGUACUACGAGAAAAAUGGAUUCCGUUCCUCCAAGUUCAUCGAGCGAUUGGGAGUGGGCCUGGAUGGGCUUCACGAGGAGCGGCGGGCGGCGCAAGGACAACGGGACGAGGGGCGGUUGAACGGGGAACACAAUGUGAACUAUCCGCCUCCGCCGGCUUAG